AUCGAGGCCGAGACCGAGCGCGUCACCGGCACCAACAAAGGGAUUUCCCCCGUCCCCAUCAACCUGCGCGUGUACUCCCCCCACGUGCUGAACCUGACGCUGAUCGAUCUGCCCGGGAUCACCAAGGUGCCCGUGGGGGAUCAGCCCCCCGAUAUCGAGGCCCAGAUCCGGGACAUGAUCCUGCAGUUCAUCGCCCGCGACAGCAGCCUCAUCCUCGCCGUGACGCCCGCAAACACCGACCUGGCCAACUCCGACGCACUCAAAAUGGCCAAGGAGGUGGAUCCGCAGGGUAAUUCCUUAAUUAGCGGGUUUGGGUUAAUUAGGGUUAAUUAGGUCAUUA